AUGAAAAAAUCUAGAAAUGUGCAAACAAAAAGAAUAAUUAGCUGGCCACUCGAGAUGCUGCUUCGAUUGUUCGGCAUCUGGCCAGGUGUAUCGUACAGUCAGUUUUGCAAAGUGUUCUGGCUAAUUAUAAUGAUAACCAACACGUCUCUUCAAUUAUUAUUUCUUAUAAUGCACGCGCGUACCAUCAACUUUACAAUGGUUAUAUACGUGUUCGCAGCGACUCUGGCGUUGGGCAUGAAGCUAAUUAAAAUAGCCAUUUUCUGGUUUAAUCAGCGAAGAUUCAACGAGAUGUGGAAAACGAUGUCGACGAAUUGGGAGCGCGGCAGUGACUACACGGACGCAGUUGGCGCGACUGGCAAAAAACAAAUAAUGCAUUAUAUGCCCAACUUCAUUGUGGCAUUCAAUUUGUUCUCAGUGAUGAUGACCUCGUUCAGUAGUCUCUCGGCCGGAAUUCAUUACGACGAAGCUUCCAACGCGACGCGUCCCUACGUUCUGUGGAUGUAUCUUCCAUUCGACGUAAACAAACACUCCGUGUACUUACUCGUGAUAUUUCUACAAUUUUUCUACCUGUUUAUCCUUUCCGCCGGUGCCGCCACCAUCAAUUCGGUUCUUAUUAUUUUGAUGCUGUACCUAGGAGAUCAGAUCGAUAUCAUUUGUAAAUGUUUGACGGAGAUGCCGCAGGAGGAGAAUGAGUCCAGCACGAAUGUGACUAUGCUGAAGAAAAUAAUCCGGAAGCACCAGAAUGUCAUUGCGUUUUCGGAAAACGUCGAGUCCGUCUACACGUACAUCGCGUUGAUGUUACUCUUAUUUAAUACCUUAAUUACCUGCGGCUUGGGUUUCAUUCUCGUCACAUCUAUCGGAUCGCCCAAUUUCUCCAAAAUGAUGAAAAAGAACCUCAUGUUCUAUUGCGUGAUGAACAUUGAGUCGUUCGUAUUUUGCUUCGCCGGAGAAUAUAUUAGAGCCAAGAGCAGAGAGAUCGGCGACGCUGCGUACAGUUCGCCCUGGUAUCAGUCCAAAUUUCACGGUCGCGCCGUUUUAUUUAUGAUAAUGAGAUCGCAGAAUCAGUUGACGAUCACAAUGGGAAAGUUCGUAGAUCUCUCCUUGGAAUUGUUCUCCACUAUUGUAAAAACUUCAGCGUCCUACGUGUCCGUACUGUUGGCAAUGUAUUGAAGAGAAAACACACAAUCAUAAAGAAUACUUUGAACAACAACUUCUCUCUUAGUAGUUAGAUAGGAAUUAAAGAAA